AUGCAUUGUUUGAGUGACUGUGAAGUGGGAUUGAUGUUGAUAAGCAUGGUCUUUUGGAGCAUUCUGGAGCAUAUGGGACAUGAGGAGCAUGGAGGGACUUGGCGCAUGGAAGCAGCUCAACUGGACACGCAAAGGAAGAAGGGAGAAGCCAUCUUGAAGACCAGCUCGACCGUCCACUCGACCAACCGGUCGAGUUCCUCAACUCGACCGGCCAAGCUUCAACUCGAUCGAGCUGAGAAGUCAAAGUCAAACCCGAAAAAUGUUGCUUCCCCCUUGACUUUCCUUUGA